UCUCAAGCGUGAGCAGGAAAAUGCACUUGUGUAUAACCAUUGUUAUAUAAAUUUAUGUUAUCACUAUUUAGUCAUUAAUCGGAAUACGUAUGCAACCAAUACUCAACUAUGCUUCCUUACCUAUGUAACAUGCUUAUCUACAUUCAGAAAAAUAACAUAAGUACCUAGUAUUGUACCUGUUAAUCACUCUUAUUUAUCCUAUUAAAUAUUAUAAAUGCGAAAGUGUGUGUAUGUGUGUAUAUAUGUAUGUAUGCUUUUUACUCCCUUUCUCAUAAAAUCUACUGGACCGAUUGUUAUGAAAUUUGGUACACGAGUAGAAUAUAACCUGGAAUAACACAUAGGGUACUUUUUAUCCACACGAAGCCCCGGGGCGCAGCUGGUAAAUGAUAAAUCUAUGUACGAGUAUCUUUUGUUUAAUGGGUGUCCGGGAAUAACUACGUUAGGGACUUCCUGUGGUCCAGUUAAAUAGGACCUAAGCUAUUGCUUAACCAAUAUCGACCUUAUCACAAACGAAUACCGGCGAACUCAAGUUUUGAGAAGUCAUGCAAUAUGUUUUGGUUAUGGAUCGAUUAUAUAAUCUCUCGAAAAAUAACCAGCCAGCAUUCAUCGAUCAUUCGAUUUGAAUGCGUCGAACAGUUUGAGUUGAGAAUUAAGAUUUCUUAAUUUAAAAAAUGAAUUUUGCCAAGAUUCUGUUCUUUGUGUUCGCUUGUGUUUUAGCUCUGACGGCCGUGUCAGGCGCUCCAAGAUGGAAGGGAUUUAAGAAAAUUGAGAGAAUCGGCCAACAUGUUAGAGACGGAAUAAUCAAGGCUGGUCCUGCUGUGGGCGUAGUGGGAGCCGCGUCCGCCAUCACGGGCUAGUGGGCCACAGAUGAUGAAAGGAACUGCCAGUAUUAUAGUUUUGUUUUUUUUUUAAUAUAAGUACUUUUUUAAAGAA